GAGAGAGAGACAUAUUCAGAACAUAUCGUCAGUGUCUCCACUCAACUCACGUUUGUGAUCACAGAGGGUUUGCUCGAACUGAGUGACACGAGCAUGACCUGUCUUGAGAUCUCAUAAGACAUUGCAUCUUUGCCCUGAUGGACCCACCGUGGUCUGACCACAUCCUGCUGGUCUUCUGUCUCCUCUUCCUGGUCUGCAUCUAUGGCAAUGCUCAAGGCCCAUGUGAAAUUGAGGUGCCAAUCAAAAGAAACACUGUUUGGACUGCUGUCCCUCAGAAACGGCUGACAAUUAACUGCCCUGUGAAACAUUGUGGGGAAACCUUACGUGUCACAUGGUGUAAAUUUGAGGACGCCAACUGCAAACAAAUCAAUGAGACAGAGCAAGUCAAAAUUGGAUGGAAACCAUUUGAUAGCGGGUCAGAAAAUCGUAUUGCAUUUUUGGAUUUUAAGAAGAUAUCUAUGAAUGACGAUGGUUCGUACAGAUGUGGAAUGGCUGGGAAUAAAUCAUCAAUUGUUAGCCAUGCUAUCAAUGUCUCUGUCUCAGAUAUCAACCUGAAAAUGACUAGCACAGCAGACCACAACACAUACAACUCACCAAAUGCAAAGCAUGAUGAGAAAUAUCUGAGCUGGCUGCCGUAUGCUUACAUCUGUGUGGGAAUAGUACUGCUGGUGGUCGUGGUGACAGCAAUCUCCUUCCUCUAUCUUUAUGGAUGUAAAGGACCAACAAGGUCAUCAAAUAACGGCAUAAAGGAGCAGGCAGCACCAUGUCCAGACCUCUCCUCCUGCUCUAAGGGAACCUUUGCAUCAUCACCAUUCACACCAAACCCUGCCCACUCUGACAAUCUCUACAACAAUGGUCCCUAUGCCAAACACAUCAACAGGGCAUCGGCACACAGCCUCCUGAUGACAAACGGAACUCUGCCUUCCUCUGACAUCACAGCUGGAGGUCAAGGGUCAAACCACCUUGUGUACGCUAGCCUGAACCACCAGACCCCUAGAGGGUCCCCGAAACCCCCCCAUAUUCCAACCCCCCAUGAUGAAUGCUCAGAGUAUGCAGCCAUCCGAGUCCACGGAGCCCAUAGGCUCUGAAAGAGACCUCAUCCAGACCUUAACGACUCAGUGCUGCUGACUGUUUUACUGUUUAACUUGUCUUCUUUGUUGGAUCUUUUCACUGAAAAAGAGGAAAACUGAACAUAUUUUGUGGAUGAAAAUGUCAUUCCUUGGGGAGAUUCAUAUUUUUUAAAAUAUAUAUAUAUGUAACUCACACACACUCUUCCUGGUGUCAUGGAAAUGUUGAGCAGUGUGUUGACCGCAGUGCAGCAGUAUUUCAGAGAAUAAAAUGUGAUGUAAAGAUGGGGGGUAGGGGGAUCGGAGUGAGACAGGUGGGCAAGGGUUAGAGCUCGAGAAUAUGUGCUUCUGAGUGUGAACCCUCCGUCACGUCACACCUCAGAGUUAGAGGAGCAAAAUAACACCCGUUAGUAGUGUGUAUCACAAAGGUUAUCUCACACAUAAUGAUGAUAAACCAUCAUUUGUUAUUGACUAUCAAAAUAUAUAUUUUAAUGAAGAAACCACUGAGACACUUUGGCGAUUAUUAGUGAUGAUUUGGGGAUAUAACAGGGAAAAAUAACUCAUACCGAACAUUUUAUGUCUCUGUGUGUGACUAAGUGUGUGUGCCUGUGUCUAUAUGUCUGCAUAUGACUCACUCAGUAUGAGUGAGUGAGUGAGUGAGUGAGUGAGUGAGUGAGUGAGUGAGUGAGUGAUCGAGCAAGUGAGUGUUGGUGUAUAUUUUUGCACAGAUGCGCGUGUUUGUACGCAUGUACUGGCUACAGGUUGGGGGCUUUCCAUGGUUUAUGUAAAAUGUUGAGCCCACCACAUAGCCGAAACAGUGAGUUGCUGUAAAUAGAUGUUCUCCCUCUUGAGAGAGUAUGGAAAUUCCAUUCAAAUGUAAUAUGAAUGUAAUAUGAAAGUGCAUAUGACUUUCUCUGUGGUCAUAGGAAGACAGAGGUAAUAGUUUGCAUAACUGUAAAAUGAUGUGGGCGUGGCAAGAUUGUAAUAGUGACACAUACAGUAACAAAUUCCAAUAUCAGUUAUUGUCAAUUAAUUUGAAACAUGUUAGUUUGAAGGCUACAUGUUUACUAUGCAACUACUCAAUUACAAUACAGUAUACUUCACCAGAGAAUAGUGCCAGAGAAAUGUCCCUCAUUUUAUAAAGAAAUUGCGACCACUUGAAGCAAGAGUGGCCAGUUUUUGAGAAUACAAAAUAAAGCUGGGGUCUAAUGUCUUUGGUCCAACACUGCUUCUGCCUGUUGUGUUCUGGUAAAACCCUGAGCGAGAGGUUACUGUAAAGUACUGGGGUGUUUUUUCUGCCCCAGAUACAGACCCUAACCUGCACAGGACUGGUUGUUUCUAGUUUAAAACACAGCGCACAGGAAGUGCUGGGAACAGACCACCACCACACCAAGAUGUUAAUUUGUACUCAAAGUAACUCACUACUCAGAGAAAGGGUGUAGCUUACUUUCAUGGAGCUGCCACAUCUAUUAGCCUAAUCUCAGAAUAGGUCCAAUACAAUACUUAUCAGUGUAACAGCUAAACAGUUUAUUCAUCCAUAAUGUAAUCAUUUUUUGAGAGUAGAACACUGACUGGUUUUAUUGUAAGCCAUUGCCUGCACCCAUGUGGUUUUACUGUAAGCCAUUGCCUUCUCCCAUGUGUUUUUACUGUAAGCCAUUGCCUUCUCCCAUGUGUUUUUACUGUAAGCCAUUGCCUGCACCCAUGUGUUUUUACUGUAAGCCAUUGCCUGCACCCAUGUGUUUUUACUCUAAGCCAUUGCCUUCUCCCAUGUGGUUUUACUGUAAGCCAUUGCCUGCACCCAUGUGUUUUUACUGUAAGCCAUUGCCUUCUCCCAUGUGUUUUUACUGUAAGCCAUUACCUUCUCCCAUGUGGUUUUACUGUAAGCCAUUGCCUGCACCCAUGACGUUUUACUGUAAGCCAUUGCCUUCUCCCAUGUGGUUUUACUGUAAGCCAUUGCCUGCACCCAUGUGUUUUUACUCUAAGCCAUUGCCUGCACCCAUGACGUUUUACUGUAAGCCAUUGCCUUCUCCCAUGUGGUUUUACUGUAAGCCAUUGCCUGCACCCAUGUGUUUUUACUCUAAGCCAUUGCCUGCACCCAUGUGGUUUUAUUGUAAGCCAUUGCCUGCACCCAUGUGUUUUUACUGUAAGCCAUUGCCUGCACCCAUGUGGUUUUAUUGUAAGCCAUUGCCUGCACCCAUGUGGUUUUACUGUAAGCCAUUGCCUGUUCCCAUGUGGUUUUACUGUAAGCCAUUGCCUGCUCCCAUGUGGUUUUACUGUAAGCCAUUGCCUGUUCCCAUGUGGUUUUACUGUAAGCCAUUGCCUGCUCCCAUGUGGUUUUACUGUAUGCCAUUGCCUGCACCCAUGUGGUUUUACUGUAAGCCAUUGCCUGUUCCCAUGUGGUUUUACUGUAAGCCAUUGCCUGCUCCCAUGUGGUUUUACUGUAAGCCAUUGCCUUCUCCCAUGUGGUUUUACUGUAAGCCAUUGCCUGCACCCAUGUGUUUUUACUGUAAGCCAUUGCCUGCACCCAUGUGGUUUUACUGUAAGCCAUUGCCUGUUCCCAUGUGGUUUUCCUGUAAGCCAUUGCCUGCACCCAUGCAUUUUUACUGUAAGCCAUUGCCUGCACCCAUGUGGUUUUAUUGUAAGCCAUUGCCUGCUCCCAUGUGGUUUUACUGUAAGCCAUUGCAUGCUCCCAUGUGGUUUUACUGUAUGCCAUUGCCUGCACCCAUGUGGUUUUACUGUAAGCCAUUGCCUGAUCCCAUGUGGUUUUACUGUAAGCCAUUGCCUGCUCCCAUGUGGUUUUACUGUAAGCCAUUGCCUGUUCCCAUGUGGUUUUACUGUAAGCCAUUGCCUGCUCCCAUGUGGUUUUACUGUAUGCCAUUGCCUGCACCCAUGUGGUUUUACUGUAAGCCAUUGCCUGUUCCCAUGUGGUUUUACUGUAAGCCAUUGCCUGCUCCCAUGUGGUUUUACUGUAAGCCAUUGCCUGCUCCCAUGUGGUUUUACUGUAAGCCAUUGCCUGCUCCCAUGUGGUUUUACUGUAAGCCAUUGCCUGCUCCCAUGUGGUUUUACUGUAUGCCAUUGCCUGCAACCAUGUGGUUUUACUGUAAGCCAUUGCCUGUUCCCAUGUGGUUUUACUGUAAGCCAUUGCCUGCUCCCAUGUGGUUUUACUGUAUGCCAUUGCCUGCACCCAUGUGGUUUUACUGUAAGCCAUUGCCUGCACCCAUGUGGUUUUACUAUAAGCCAUUGCCUGCUCCCAUGUGGUUUUACUGUAAGCCAUUGCCUGCUCCCAUGUGGUUUUAAUGUAAGCUAUUGCCUGCUCCCAUGUGGUUUUACUGUAAGCCAUUGCCUGCACCCAUGUGUUUUUAUUGUAAGCCAUUGUCUGCUCACAUGUGGUUUUACUGUAUGCCAUUGCCUGCACCCAUAUGGUUUUACUGUAAGCCAUUGCCUGCUCCCAUGUGGUUUUACUGUAAGCCAUUGCCUGCACCCAUAUGGUUUUACUGUAAGCCAUUGCCUGCUCCCAUGUGGUUUUACUGUAAGCCAUUGCCUGCUCCCAUGUGGUUUUACUGUAUGCCAUUGCCUGCACCCAUAACAUUAACGAGGCUACAGUUGAAGUCGAAAGUUUACAUACAAUUAGGUUUGGGUCAUUAAAACUUGUUAUUAAUCACUGCACAAUUUUCUU